AUGAAUCUCGCUAUAGCGCCGACAAAGACUGUAUCCAGUAUCAUACCAUCACAGCAUAUUAAAAGACAAGUUCAAGCAACAAGUGUCGUUCAUAUCACCAUCACUGCGGCUGGUACCGUAGUUUAUACCCAAACAGCCACAUCGUACUCUUAUGUAGCCAGUUAUUCACCUGUCACGGGAAGUGAUCCAGCAGCCUAUCCAACCAAUAAUGAUACCAACAACGACAAUAAUAGUAGUAGCAAUCCAUCAGGGGCAGGAGGGGGACCACAGACUGGACACACUGAAGCAGGAGUCAACACAGGUGCCAUCAUUGGUGGAGUCGUAGGUGGAGUGGCUUUCAUUGCUUUAAUAGGUUUGGGCUACUUCUUGAUGCGUCGAUCACAAAAGAGGAAAAGAGAAAGGCAAAAGAAUGAUCUUAUCGAUGAUGAUGAUGAUUCUUAUUACAGAGGCCAUCAGCGUCAUCCUUCCACUGCCAUGGAUGGUGCUGGAGCAACUAACAUGACAUCAUUAUCGCCAGCACCUAGACAUUUGGUUGCACCGUUAAACCAUUUAGGAGAGAGGGAAGGUGAUGGCAGAGAAUCCAAAUACUACCCAGAUGGAGGAGGAUACUAUGAUGAUAUUGUUGCAACAACACCUUACCCACAUCAAGCGUUUUAUUCUGGAAAUAAUAGUGUGGCAGCCUCAGAUUCAUUACCAUCAACCACAGUGGAGCCGUAUUCAGUGGGUUCUGCAGGGUUUAGACAGGUGCCAAACGAAGUAGACUAUCCUGCACCAGCAAUGACGGGGGAAAGACAUGUGCCGCAUUUGAAAGACGAUGUUACAACUACCAUUGAACCACCACAUACAAAAGAUUGA